CGGAUAUAAAAGCAUCCGCUUCCAGAACCGGGUUGCCCGGAUGGGUUGCGGCUUGAUUUGUUUGUUCUCUGUUCCCCCCCCUUAACGCUCUUCGUGAUGAUGACCUUCUCCUUUUCCAGUCUUGGCUGCUGGGUUUCCCUGUUAGUGGCUAGCCCAGGCUUCCUAAUGUGGGUUGGCGCGGUCCCAUACCCAUUGCGCGUAGUCCCCUGCUAUCUUUGCUCUUUCCGGCGGCUAGCAGAAGAUCACUCGAAACUGUUUCAACUUUCAAGGAACCUGAUUCAAUCUCCCAUCAUAUCUAACGCCUGACGGUCUGACGUCCAAUCUCCAUGCAGUGGGCGACUGAACGCGGUGG